GCAACCUUUCAGAGUAGUGAAGAUGUUCCUCAAGAAGACAACCGAACCGGAACCGCUCCAAGUGGCCUUCAGGAUGAUGUCCUUUGCCGGCUUGCAUGAGCCCAACAGCAUUUGGCGGUACUUUUUCGCCAUCAGUUGGCUGGUCGGAAACAAUAUCCUUCCGAAGGCGCUUUUUGGUUCCGGUAUGGAGGGAUUCGAUUCCGUCGCCCGAAACCUUGCUGAGUUGAUCUUUUUCGGGGACGUGUGCAUCGCUGUUGGGAUAUUCGUGACUCGCCGACGACCUUUCGUGCGGAUGGUUCAACUUUUGAAGGAGAUCUUCGAACGGUACAAAUCUCGUGAGUGUGUCGACGAGAUUCACCGGUUCAAUCGUCGGAUGGACAGAUUUGCAAAAGGAUACAUCGCGUACAUAUCCCUACUGGUUGUAUUGUUUCUCAUCCCACCAAUUUCCUGGACCCUGUACUUGGCGAUUUUCGUAUCAUCAGAUCAAAGAAGACAUUACGUGCUGUUGGUUGAAGUGCAGUACUACUACUUGGAUAUUCGACAAAACAUCGUCCACUACCUUAUCUAUUUCGCGUUCUGCAGUACGGCCACCAUGUGUUCGGCUUACCAAACUUGCAUGAAGGCAGCCAUUUUCCUUACGUCUCUGCAGUACGGAGCCAAGUUGUUCGAAUUGUUACACAUGAGAAUCAACAGCCUUGAUAUGGUGAAGGCCGGCAAAGAACGCCACGAAGAGCUACGACAGAUCAUCGAGUUGCACAAGAUGACGCUGCGGUAUACGGAGCUGUUGGAGGAAACGAUCACAUUCAUUCUGAUCAAUCAGAUCCUGAACUGUAUGGCUAUUUGGUGUCUAAUGAUGGUGUAUCUCUCGUCGAAUUACGGACCGAAUGCUCUCAACGUGAUGGUCUUGUUUCUCGUGCUGAUCGUUGAAAUGGUCGUUUACUGUGUCAACGGGACGCGUCUGAGUGAAAAUGCCCUCAAGGUGAGCGAUGCCAUCUACAACUACAAGUGGUACCAGGAGCCGGCAGCUAUGCAGCGGGAUCUUCGCUUCAUGAUACAACGCGCGCAGAAGCCCUGUGGAGUUACCGCGGCCAAGUUCUACUUUGUGAACAUCGAGCGGUUGGGAAUCGUGGUGCAGGCUUCGUACUCGUACUAUUUGAUACUGAAGAAUCGAUUUUGAACGAGAUUUUGGACCAAAUUCUAUGACAUAUGCUAUACUACCGCAAGAUCGAGGAAUUAAUCUAAGCACUUUGAUUGCACCCUAAGCUUUGCUAAGCAUGGCUUUGCUUUGAAGCCGCGGAUUCUAACCACUCGGCUGCUCAAUUAAACGAAAAAAAAAAAUGCAAAUUGAUUUCUCUGGAUUCUAGAUGGCUAUAACAUCUCGCAAUUGUUUGAUUGUAGUCAUUUGAUGAAGUUGCUAUCAUAAUUCAUAGGCAAAUAUUGCUCAUGCAUUAAUUCGCAGUGCAAUUUCAACGAUGAGUGAUCUUCAGGAUAUUUCUCGAUUCAAUACCCUG